AUGGCCGCCCUCCUGCGAGCUGCCCGCACAGCCUGGGCGCCUUGCGCCACGGGGCGGCGCUUCGCCACCGGGUACAUCCAGCGAGCUGCGGCGGAAGGAAGAGACUCCUUGCUGGGCCAAUUUCAAAGCACAGGGGAUCGUUUCGACAGCGUUCUACGAGGUAUGGAGUGCAUCAAGGUGGAGGAGGGUUAUGUGGAGUGUCAAAUCACGGUCGGGGAUGGCGUCAAGAAUGCCUACGGAACAAUGCACGGAGGGUGCACAGCUACGCUGGUGGACGUCUUGGGGACCAUGGCUCUGCUAAGUAAGGACCCCACGCGCCCGGGAGUCAGCGUCGAGAUGAGUCAGACCUUCAUGGCCCCUGCCAAGGGUGGGGAGGUCAUCACUGUGACUGGCACAGUCACGAAGUAUGGCCGCGCGUUGGGCUUUACGGAGGUGAAACUCACGGACGCGAGCGGCAAGCUGCUUGCGACGGGGCGUCACACGAAAGCCUUUCCACAAAAGCCGUGA